UUGUGCCUUCCGCAGACCCUAGUCGCCAAGCGUCAGCACAGAGAGAGAGAGAGAGAGAGAGCGUGAUAUCUGGACGGCGGGAAAUUUUUCCAACUUCGGUGGGAGAAACUCGAUCGUCGGUUUUCCGGAGUCGAGGAGUUUUCCGGCAUUCGACGGUGCAGACCGAGAACUUUCGUGUCGGCUCGGAAAGUUGACUGUCUGGACAGAAACCGGCGUCGGGAGGCAAUCGGAGUACCGGAAUGAUGUUCACGUCGUCGACGGUGGGCGGAGUUUUCCGCUGCAGCGCGAUCGCACAGAGGAAGAACGGCGACAAGGCGGAGAGGGGCUUCCCGGAGUUUCUGCCGGUGGAGAUCGAGCGAGUCCGCGAUCGUGCGACGCGGAGGAUGGCUCAGCGAAUUGAGAGGCUUCCGGUCAAGACUAGCCUAUUGGAGAACUGUAUCUUGAGCAGUUGUGUGAAGCCACUGCAGAGGACCGGAGGCAGACCAGUUGUGCUUCUCCAUGGUUUCGAUAGUUCUUGUUUGGAGUGGAGAUACACCUUCCCUUUGCUAGAGGAUGCUGGACUGGAGACGUGGGCUGUUGAUGUUCUUGGGUGGGGAUUCUCUGACCUAGAGCAACUGCCUCCAUGUAAUGCAACCUCCAAGCGUGAGCAUCUAUAUCAGUUUUUCAGGUCAUACAUAACAAGGCCAUUGGUGCUAGUUGGUGCAAGCCUUGGUGCUGCAGUUGCAAUCGACUUUGCAGUCAACUAUCCUGAAUUUGUGUCAGAGUUGGUCUUGAUUGAUGCAAGUGUAUAUGCAGAAGGUACUGGACGCCUUUCCAGACUGCCAAGACCUAUGGCUUACACUGGGGUUUCCUUAUUAAAGAGCAUUCCUUUGAGGUUGGUUGCUAGUUUGGGGAUGUACAACAACAGUUCACUCUCAACCAUUGUCGAUAGAACAAGUGUGUCACUUCUACAUUGCUUACUUCCUUGGUGGGAUGAUGCAACUGUCGAUUUUAUGCUUAGUGGUGGAUAUAAUGUCAUUGCAGAUAUUAAUCAGGUAAAGCAGAAAACACUUAUUAUUUGGGGAGAAGAUGACAGAAUUAUUAGCAGUAAGUUUGCAAAGAAACUGCAUCAGGAUAUACCAAAUUCAAUUCUUCAUAUGAUUCCAGAUUGUGGUCAUGUUCCUCAUAUCGAGAAGCCAAAUGCUGUGGCCAGCUUGAUCCUGGACUUUGUAUGCAAAAAAGGUGCAACACAACAGAUACCAGAAUUGCGCAAGGAAUCCUAUAGGCCUGAUUUGGAUACCCCUUUGCAUAUUCUGUAGUGAAGCCUCACAGAAAGGUCAAGGCCGUGGGAGAGCAUGUGCAGGUCUUCAUUUCAGAAUAAGGAAGACUCGAACACGCGCUUGCUUUCCAUUGCAUGCAAAGAAAGUUGGCAGUAAACAAGCUCGAAACCCCUUAACUAGGAAGAUGUUCAUCCAGCAGUUUGCUUGUCUCUUUGUAUAGUUUACGAAUUUUGAAAUGUAAGUGGAAGCUGAUUUGUACGGGUGCUGGGGAACAGAUACAUUUGGAGGUUGAGGUUUCUUCAUAUAAAACUGGAAUUUCUUUUGCUUUU